AAAUUUAUGUCUUCUCACCGUUAACUGGGUUUGGAAAUGACAAAAAGACCCAGUUUAAUUCUGAAAUUCGACUUUAAUUUUUAAGGGGUUAUUACGGGGUGUAUUAUGAAGUGGAUUAAGGAUAGGAAAAAGGAGCCCGUAACCCUUCAAGUCCCGUUCCGUUUUCCCCUUCGCACCGUUCAGCAGUCGCCCGUCGUCCACCAUCUCGCCCGACGCCAUCUUCUCCUGGCCCGCCGUCGACCAUCUCGCCCGACGCUAUCUACUCCUCGAGCGCCGUUGGCGGCAGCUGGCAGCCACUACUUCUUCGGUAGUCUUCAUCUUCUCAAGCGUCCACCAUUUCUUCGGCUGACAUCAUCUUCUCCUGGGCGAAAUCCAGUGCUUCUGAAUGAUGAUUAUUGGGAAGAAGAUGCCAUGACCUACAAUUCAUUUAAUUAGGCGGAAUCCAACUUCAAAAUGAGAAACCCAAAACACCAAAUUGAGGAAUGCUACUGGAAUGCAUGCUAAAAAGGCCCGUCCCAUUAAUUCAUAGCAACCUGAACAAACUUAAAUUUAGGGUUCGAGAAAUUUCAGAAUAAACAUAACAUAGCUAGAAUGGGGGAGAAAGAAGGACCUAUUUGAUUUCUCUUUUGUGGAAUAGAGAAGGUCGAGUGCGAAGAAGCAGCAGGACGAGGAAGAAGCAGGGUUGGCUGACUCGGUCCCUGCGGAGGGAGAUGGUGGUCUGACGGCGAAGGAAGAAGGUGGUCCGGCGGAGGGAUUACUUGUUCCGAGAAGAACGUCCGCCGGAGGGAGAAGGAUUUUUUCCUCGACAUUCGCUGGAAGGAGGCUCCAACUGUGCUGUCAGUGAGAGAAGAAGAGUCGAAGGUGUUUGACAGUGGGAAAAUGAAGACUUUGGUAGUAGAAAGGCACGAUGAAACACAGGGUGUUCUGGUCAUUUCCAAACCCAAUUAACGGUGAGAAAACGGAAAUUUCAACAAAAGGGCAUUUUUGUUACGUCGUAAUAGUACAGGGCAUGUUUGUGCAAAAUCAUAGUACAAGGGCACGUUUGUUGUCUCGCAAUAGUACAGGGGCAGAAAAUGCUAUUAACCCUAAUUAUAACUAGAUAAUUCUUAUUAUGGUUAGUAGUCUUUUAGUAGAAUUAGGUUUAUUAGUAGGGUUUCCCAUUAUUCUUUAUAAAUAUGUACUUUGUGAUUCAUUAGUAAUUAGUUAAUAAGAAUAUUAAGAAAAUCUCCUAAUCCCUAAUCUCUCCCUAUCAUCUCAAUUCUCGAUCUCUAUCCCUUUAAGGCCUCGGCCGAUUCUUUUCUUUCUUUCUUCCCCAAAUUCCAAUCUCAAUCCUUAAUUCUGUUCGUAUAAACCCUAAUCCCCAAAUAUCAAUUUCGUUAGGAACUUUGUUUCUAACACAUAUCAAGGGGAUCUUCUCCAACGUAGAUCCAUAUUUGAAACUUCCCUCACAAUCGUAAGUAAGUAAUAUAGCUUUCUUUCAUUCAAUUUUCCCCUAUUUCCCACUUUUAGACCAUCCACUAUGGUUGGGUGGGAAAUUUGGGUGGGUUGAGGGGGAAAUUUGGGUUUGAGGGUGGGAAACCCAACAAUGGGUUGGAAGGAAAAAGAGGAAAAAGUGGGAGAUGUGUUUUUUGAUAAAUCUGAUUUAGUGUUGAUUUUGUCACUUUAGUUAAAUAAUUUGAUUGUUCUUUAUAUAUAGGUAGUAAUAAUUAAUUAAGAUGAACAUUGUGAUAUAAUUUUUUGUUUAAUUUGAACAUAUUUUUUUAGUCAUUAAUUAAAUAUGGUCGUUUAUGGCUGUUGAAAAAUAUAAACAUUGUAAAAUAUGUCCGUUGGAAUUCAAUUAUUAUCGUUAGAUAGCAUUGAAAACGAUAUACGGUCUAAAAAACCCAAACUAAAACGAAAAAAGAAAAGCUAAAAGUAAAAAACAACUUUGGCACGCGGGUCCCGCCAGCCCACUCCCCCUCCUCCUUCCCCCCUCCUUUUGUCCUGUUGUGAGGAAAAACCCUCCCAAACCCACCCAAAAGUCCUUCUCCCCCCCUUUUAACCCCCCAUUGUGAGCCUCCAUUUGCAAAAGACCAUUUUUUUGCUUCUUCCCACCUCCCAUAGUAUUAGUGGGUGGUCUUAGCCUCUUCUCUCUUUGUUCAUUUAUCGUUCUAUCUAGUGACAACAAUUUUUUGUCAGUGGUGCACCUGCCACUGCCAAUCAAACUCGAUAGAGACUUUCUCUCUGUUGCGCUCCAUUUUCCCAUUUAUCGAUCUGGGUGAGACCUUUGAGAUGAAGCCACCGUAACACAAGUCAACGUUAUUGAGUAAUCUGUUUGCUUAGGAGAAUCCUGAAGGAAAGUCGCCACGAUAUAUUCUUUGUUAGAAACCCAAUUAUUGGGUUAAUUCGGUAUUUGGACUUGUUUGUCGUUUUAUUUAUGUUUGGGAAACAUGGGGUAUUACUUAUGGGUUUUUGGGUGCAUUUGCGGAUUAUUCGGAUUAAUCGGGUCAGGGGUAAUAGUUGGGGUAGCUAGCGGGAAUUAUUCAGGUUAUAUAUUCUGUAAUUAGUGGGUGAUUACUCAUUAAGCAAAUAAUAACAGAAUUUCCCUAAACCCAAAACCCCUCUCCUCUCUCCCUACACUCGGCCAAACUCUCUCUCUCUCUCUCUCUCUCUCUUUCUCUCUCUCUCUCAACUUCCCUCUUUCCUUCGUCGGCCACCCUGGCCGCCGAUCCCCUUCAUCCUCUCUUUCCCAAUUCUCGUUCCUACCACCAAUCACCCUCUUCAAUUCCCCUAAAUCCCUAAUCUCUAUCAAUCCCUAAUCUCUAUACCCUGUCAGGAAACUGGUAGGAAAGAAUCGGGUUGAAGGCGUGAUUAAUCACUCUCCUUAGAGUGUUAUUUGCCCCACUACAAAUUGCUGGUAGGCUCGAGAAAACCACCCCCAGGAGUCCCUUCAAUUUUAAGUCUGGAAGCAGCAAUCUUGCAGACUUCUGUGUUUAUGAAAUAGAGAGGAAAACGAGAAGAAGAAGUAAUCUCUCAUCAUUAAAAGAUUUAUGGUAGUCAUCUAUUUAUAGUUGUGAAAACUGGAAGUUACCUUCCGAAGAGUCACAUCCCUUCAUAGAAAAAGUAGUUACCUUUAUGGAAGGACACUUCUUUUCACAAUAUUCAAACGUUAAUUAAUUAAUAAAAUUAAUUAAUUAAUUAAAUUGCCAAAAGACUCCAUCUUUAUAAUUUACUUCUCCCAUCAAUGUCGUAUUACAACUCUAUUGACUAACUCUAACAAUCCCCCACUUAGUCAACAAGAGUUGAGAAUAUAUGCCUCGAACAAGUAACGCAUACAUAAAGGUAUCUUUUCGAUUUGAACCUUUACCUAGUGUAAGCAACUCAAAGUUGAUAAUGAAUCAGUGACGAGCUUAAGCCUAGGAGUCACGAUCCAAAGCUAUAACCGGAGAUGCCACACACGUACUUGUCUCUUCUCUAAACCACAACCACCAACUAGGGUAGCACUAUUAUGGCCAUGUGCUGAUCCUGUUUCAUGAGCAUAUACAAAAGUUGACCUCUACUUUUGUUCGAGCGGCAUCACUCUAAAUGCUCACAUAGGUGAUAUUCCAAAUGAAUUCAUUAAGAGUUC